CGAACCAUUAAAAACAGCAAAUAAUCUCGUUAAACCUUAGUAUCUAGUGUUACUUACUAUCAUUUCACGCUUGCUAACACUUUAGCCACCACGCUAAAUAUUGGCGCUAAUACGUGUUAGGCUGUGUCUCAAAACCUACUGUGCUGACUACCUAGAGAAUAUUUUGCGCAUCAAAACUCGUGCUUUUAUAAAUAAAACGAUUGGUCCCUAUAGGCAAAGCAACAAUAGGAAGCCAACUGACCGAUGGAUACAAUUGCAGGUGUCUUGAGCUGAAUGCAAAACACAUUGCAAAGAGGGUAUUCAGAUAAUUCGACUUUCAGAUGGACAAAAACUCAAAUAAGAAGAACAGGCUUUAAUAACAUGGAGACAGAGGAAGUAGCAGCUGAGGUACCUGCAGAACCAACAACUGAAGUAAAAGAUGCAAAUGCAGAGGAAAACAAAGAACCUGUACCUGCAGAGCCAGCAUCCGAAGUAAAAGAUGCAAAUACAGAGGAAAACAAAGAACCUGUGCCUGCAGAACUAAUAUUGGAAGUAAAAGAUGAUAAUACAGAGGAAAACAAAGAACCUGAACCUGCCGAACCAACAUCCGAAGUAAAAGAUGCAACUACAGAGGAUAACAAAGAACCUACGACAAGCACAGACAUUCAGGACCAUGUGACGGACAAAAACAAAGAGGAAGCUGUAACCGAAAUGAAAGGCGAGUCUUCAAAAGAUGUCGACAAACCUCCUUGUGACUGGCUGGAGCCACUUGAAGAAGACUGUGAAGACGCUGAUUCCCAGAGCGUCGAUGGAGAAGUAGAGAGCCUUGCUGGUAGUGAGUGGAGUGGGAGUGUGGUUAGUGUUUUGAAAAGCACUGGAGAGAGAGGUGGCAGAGGUGGAGGGAGACCUAGACGAAGAACACAGUUAGAGGCAGAUGAAGGCUGGGAAGAUUGUCCGUCGUUGGGGGAAGGAUGGAAACGCAAGCAGGUUUUUCGUCGGUCAGGCAACAGUGAAGGACGCAGUGAUACAUACUAUAUAAGUCCAAGAGGUCACAAAGUAAGAAGUAGGGUUGAGCUUCUGAAACAUAUAAAUGACUCUGUGGACCUCACAAAUUUUGAUUUUAAAACAGGCCAAUUUCUUGGUGACGGGCCUCGAAGAAGAAAGAGAAGGAGAAUGGAUUCUCCUAUGGCACACUAUGGCAGCUCUUCUGCACCCAGUUUUCCAAAUGAAUUAACGGAUGCAGGUGGCACGGGCCGCAGUCCAGGAUCGUCUGUAAGUCUCAGCUGUGCUACUGUUCCAAAGUUGAGCUCAUAUUCCAUCCAAAAGGGUGCGAAUACCGUGACCCCACAGAAAUGCAGUACCUUUACUAGUCCUGGGACAAAUACCACUUUACCGAAAGCUGCCACUCAGCCUCCUGUUGAUCUGACUGGAGGGGCUGCAAAUCCAACUGCUCGUCCCUUUGUUGGUUCAGCGUCUGCAGAUAGGCCCGUCAAUGGUACCGGUGGAGCUGCACAAAACUUGUUUGGCAUCUGCGAGAGAUGUAAUAAAACCUUUAAUUAUGAAGAGGGACAAACUAUGUGCCAGAACUGCAGGCUAGAGGUUAACGCAUCAAUAGUGAGACGCAGAAAACCCUACAAAAAGUGGGCUCCAUGUGGCCGAUGCCGGGCGUGCCAAACUGCAGUGGACUGCGGAAAAUGUGUUAGUUGCAGAAAUGGUCGACUACGCCAACGACUUAAUAUCCACUCCCGGAAAGUUGUUAAAUGUCGCAAACGGAAGUGUUUGCACCCCAUCCGUAAGGACAGGGGUGGAAAGACGUCAGAUGUGCAGUUUUUAAACACUGCUGGAUCACUGAGCACAGCUUCAUAUAUUUCAAAACCCUCAGUCUCAGAGGAAUUUGAGGACUCUCAGAGCUCCUAUCUGCAGUACAGUGAUUCAGAGGAUCUGUCUAUGUUCUUUGGGGGUAAUGAUGGUGACAAUGGCCUGGAUGAGAUGGGUGUACCUAAGGUGCGUCGCCGUUCCUGCGGGAAGUGUAAAGGCUGCGUUCGCCGCACAGACUGUGGAAGCUGUGAUUUUUGCAUGGACAAACCCAAGUUUGGAGGCAGAAAUAAAAAAAGACAGAAAUGCCGUCUACGACAGUGCCAAAGAGAGGCUAUGAAGCAUUUGCUGCCCAUGGAUGAGGCAGAGAUGCUUUUUUCUCAGGGCUGGGUUACCCACGGCAGGCCACGUUACACGUAUGGACGCGGUAGACCCAGGUCCAAAAAGUUGUGGGAUUUCGAGGUUUCAGAUAAUGAGGCUGAACCGUAUGUGCCAAAGGGUUCCUCGGGUGCUGGCCGGGUGAUAAAUCCAGACAGGCUCCUCCAGCCAAAUUACAAUGGAAAGGCUUACAGUUAUACUGAAGUUCCAAACAGUCAUAUGAUGAACAGCAUCCCACUCUACAAUCCACAAAAACUUGAGAUGAGAAGCCCCCAGAUGCACAUAGGACGGGCGGAGAUGAUCAAAGAAAAUGGGCUUCAAGGCAGUGGCUUCAGUAGCAGAGCCCUUCUUUCUGUGAGACCAGAGGUCUUUUCUGCAGCUAGAUGCGAUGCUACAGCAAUUCCAUCAAGCUAUGCUGCGGAGAGUUUGAGGGAAGGUAAUCGAUCACAAGGUUCAGCAGGUCAGGAACCAUUUCAAGAAGAGCAACAGGAGGGCGAGUCUUGUCCAUCGAUCACUCAGAUAUUCAGCAUGGCAGACAGCGACCCCACCAUCCAAGGCAUCGACAUCAACCAUGAACUGAUGCCGCUCCUGAGAUCUCUUCGUAGCAUGGUGCUUCCCGUCCUCUGGUUCUGUGUUGUGGUGGAUGGGCCUCGGUUACAGCUGAUGCAGUGCUCCAAGAGCUCCACUAUGGCAGACACCAUAGUUCAUAUUGAGCCCAGCUUCCACUACCACAUCAGCGUCCAGGGACAACCCCUGCUGCCCACCCACAAACUCUACGACAGCCACCCGUCUCGUCUCACCACAACAGAAGAGGUUGUUGCGCUCCUCGAGGACCUGGAAAGGUACUCUGUCUGCCAGGGCUCGGGGCACAAAGAUUCAGCAAAAGAGCCUGUGCUUCCCGAGCGGGCAGCUACUUGUGACUUCCUCGUUUUCCCAGAGGCAGAACGCUGUGAAAAAUGCAAAACUACACAAAGGGCAUAGAGAGACUAUUCAGCACAUGGGGAUUGGUCUUAAAAUAAUACAUCUACUAUUUUCUGAUUUUUUUUUUUUUUUUUUUUUUUUUCUAUUCCAGCCCACUUGUAAGAUUAAAUAUCUUCCUACUCUAAUAUAAAAAUAUUAGAGCACCGUUUUUGUUUGUUUUUUUCUCAGAGAGAUGCCACCAUUACAUUGACUGCUGAAUCAAUUUUUGGUUACUUUAAUCCACAAAUUAUGAAUGACAUUACUUUCCACAUUAACUGUUGACCACUAAACAUAAAGAUGUUUUUUGACCCUAGAUUAUGUGACACAUGUUGGUACCCGCUCUGGCUAAGGAUGUACAUUGAAUCCUGGUCAUAUAAAUGGAGGUAGUGAAUGGGCAUGUUUUACACCAUUAAACACCGAUAUCAGUUUAACUGUACAUCUUGCCUUGCACUAAAGUUAUAAUAGUGCUUCACAUCCAUUUAGGUUUAAUUCCUCACACCAAUGAUAUCUGUACAUGUUUUAAUGCUUAUGUACUUCUCAGGGGGGAUUUUUCACAAUGCAUUAAUCAGAUGGAAGAUCCAUGUUUGUUAAAAGAUUUAAUAUUUACUGUAUUAUAUGGGGUGAGGCUGCUCUUUUGUUUUGGAUAGACAAUUUUGUACAUAGUACAAGUGGUGGCAGAGAAAUUAAAUCAAAUAUAGUGAGAAUGUUUUUAUAAACAUGUCUUUUGCUUUCCAGAAUUUCUGUUUUUCGUUCAUUACAAAACACUUUGAAUUUGUUUGAAUGUGCUUUCAUAUGAAUAAUCUGAAUUUCCGUUUAUUUAAUAAAUCAUUAUCUGUUGGAUAA